ACCUGAUAAAUUAGGAGAAGUCCAUUCCCCUCCAGAAGCCAGUUACUUCAAAGUUCGCCAUCACGUCGCUUCCAACGCUCUUCGGUCGCAUACUCAGACGCUACUGCGCGGUGAAUACUAAUCCCAGUAAGAUCAUGGUGGUCACACACAACGUCAAGGGAUACGAUGAAUUCUCCAAGAAGAUGGAGGAACUGGAGAACGGCAGCGAGCCGGUCCACGUCCUCUUCAGUGGCGGCAAGGACGAGAACGGAGAGAGCUGGUGCCCCUACUGCGUGAAGGCGGAGCCGGUGAUACACGAUGCUCUGAAGAAGGCCCCCGGCAACUCGCACUUCGUGCAUGUGGAUGUGGGCGAGCGAGCAUACUGGAAGGAUUUGAACUGCCCCUUCCGCAAGGAUCCCAACACGCAUCUGAUCUUCUUGCCCACUCUGCUCCGCUGGAAGCGGCCACAGCGUCUGGAUGGCGAGCGCUGCUCCAAUCAGGAUCUCGUCGAGAUGAUGUUCGAGGAUGAGGAUUAAGUCGCAUAGCUUACAUACAUAUAUUUUGGAACUUUACUCAAGUUGGAAUACACAGAAGACACACCCACAUUCAAUUAAAGCGUCCCUCAGUAA